AUGGAGAGUGAAACCAUCCUCUGGAACCAAAGUGUCAACGACUCCCUGGAUAUAAACCCACUGGGCUACAAAUGCAAAUUUAAUGAGGGCUUCAAGUACGUGCUGCUGCCUGUGUCCUAUGGCGUGGUUUGUGUGCUGGGUCUAUGCCUCAAUGCUCUGGCCCUCUAUAUUUUCCUGUGCCGGAUAAAGACAUGGAACUCCACCACCACCUUUAUGUUCAACCUUGCCAUCUCUGACACCCUCUACGUGGUCUCCUUGCCUCUCCUUAUCUACUACUAUGCCCACGGUGACCACUGGCCCUUUAGUACAGCCCUCUGCAAGGUGGUCCGAUUCCUCUUCUACACCAAUCUCUACGGCAGCAUCCUCUUCCUGCUGUGUAUCAGCAUCCACCGCUUCCUGGGCAUCUGCUACCCUCUUCAGUCGCUGCAGUGGGGCCAGGUACGCUACGCCCGACAAGUGGCCGCCGUCGUGUGGAUCGUGGUGAUCGGUUGUCAGUCGCCCGUGUUAUACUUUGUCACCACCAGCGACCGGGCUGAUCUAGUCACAUGCCAUGAUACAUCGUCCCCUGACUUGUUCGACAGCUUCGUGGCAUACAGCUCAGCCAUCCUCGUAUUGCUUUUUGCUCUGCCCUUUCUGGUCAUCCUGGUAUGCUACACAUUGAUGGUCCGGCAGCUUCUGCGACCCACGACGGGGCAGGCACGUCUCCCGAGGUCUAAGCGCAAGUCCCUGAGGAUGAUUGCUUUAGUCUUGGUGGUCUUUGCUCUUUGCUUCCUUCCUUUCCAUGUCACUCGUACACUCUACUAUACCUUUCGAUACCUGGAUGUGGGCUGUACAUCCCUCAAUGCCAUCAACAUAGCCUACAAGGUCACUCGCCCACUUGCCAGUGCCAAUAGCUGCCUGGACCCUGUGCUCUACUUCCUGGCUGGCCAGCGGUUUGUCAGGUUUGCCCGCCAUUCUCUGCCACCAGUAGCUGGACACAAGAUGGUGCUUCGAAAUCCUAGUACUCUAGACAGCGAACAGACUGGGAGCAUCCCAGGCCUCAGUGAGGACGGCAAAGAUGCUCGGCUCUAGGGCCAGAGGCAUUCAUGCAUCUUAGCCCUAAGCCCUCCAUGUCCCCCAGACUCCACUUGGGUGUGAAUGGGGGCCAGACAAGAGAAGGGUUGUGGGCUGUUUAGACACGAAGGAUGUGGAGAUGUCCACCAGACAGAACAGGGUUUGUUCUUAGAGGCCAGCCAUGGAAAGCCAAGAGAGAAGAGGACAUUUGACACCACCAUCUGCAUGGCUCCAGGAUAGACCCAUGGCUGUGACUGGAUUGGAUAUCCAGAAUUAGUGACAGGAAGUAGAGAGGCUGCUGACUGGGAAAUAAGCUGAGCUCUACCAUGGCCUAGAUGGGGAUGACUUGGGACAGACAUUACAUCCCCUCUCAGACUCCAUUUGCUCUAACUAAAAAGUAACCUGUUAGUAUAUUUAAGGCUGGUGAAAGAUGGCAAAAAGUCCUUCCAUAUUUAAAGCAUUAAGUGACUAUGGAUGUUUAACUAGGGGAAGAUUUGGGGUGGGAGGGAGAGAUGCUUAUUUACCUUCAAAAAUCUAAACCACUCCAGAGACUGCAGGUCCUGGGUUCAAUCUGACCUUAGACACUUCCUAGCUGUGUGACCCUGGGCAAGUCACUUAACCUCC